ACUUCGAGUGACCCGGACACGUCUAAAGUUUCUGUUUUUUUUCUGUUUCGAAACGACCGUUUGCUGCUAGAACAUCCAAAAACUUCUGCGUGUUUCAUUUUAAUGCACGAUUCUCGAGCACCGUUCGAAACUAUUGUAACUUGCCCGGCUGGUGGUGGUAUCGAUUUGCCACGCCGCCAAAAAUGAUCCCCACUCGAUGAUCGCUAGUUUCGAACGGAGUAAGGAGCAUUCAGUAGAAAGAUAUUCAACGGUGUGCGGUUGUGCCUUCUGAAAUGAUCAAGCCUUCAGUUCCAGUUCGCAUUCGGAUUGAACGUGUUGUCCUGAACCGUUUGUGCUGACCUAGACCGUGGUCCAACGUAUAACGAUGAUUGUGAUACAAUAGUGUUAAUAGUAGCAACGCAACGGCAAAAGUGUAACAAUAGUGAUCGUGAAGUCAAUUGAUAAAGUAUUAGAUAGUAAAUAAGUAAAUUGAAGUUUGUUACUUCUUUGAGUGUUACUGUGCAAGUAGUCAAUGAGCAAAACUAAAUGGCAAAAGUUGCAGUCGCAGAUAGUUUGGCCCCGGUGCAGGGAUUCGGCGAAUCGGUGAACCUGAGCCGACGUGGAAGCAAUGCCAGUUCUCGACUGCGGCCAGACCUGUCGGAUAGCGAUGAGGGUGGUAUUAAGCUCAAAAAGGAGCUUGGCCUCAUGGACGGAGUGGCAAUUAUUGUGGGUGUGAUCGUUGGGGCCGGAAUUUUUGUGUCUCCGAAAGGUGUUCUGCUGUAUUCGGGUUCCAUCGGACAGGCAAUCAUCGUGUGGAUUUUUUCCGGUGUCCUCAGUAUGGUUGGAGCGCUGUGCUAUGCUGAACUCGGAACCAUGAUCCCCAAGUCCGGCGGUGAUUACGCAUACAUAGGCGAAGCAUUCGGACCUUUGCCAGCGUUUCUGUAUCUGUGGGUCGCACUGCUAAUUUUGGUUCCCGCUGGCAACGCCAUCACUGCAAUUACGUUUGCCCAGUAUUUACUGCAACCGCUGUGGCCAACCUGUGAGCCACCGUACGAAUCGGUACGCCUGCUGGCUGCACUCAUAACCUGUCUGCUCACCGCAAUCAACUGCUACAACGUCAAAUGGGUGGCCCGCGUAACGGAGACCUUCACCGGCAUGAAGGUGCUGGCACUGUUGGUGAUCGUGGCCGCAGGCGCCUGGUACUUGCUCAGCGGAAAUACGGAACUGUUGGAAAAUCCGUUCGAAAACUCUAAAGUUCAGCCGGGCUUCAUUGCACUAGCAUUCUACAAUGGAUUGUUUUCCUAUUCGGGGUGGAAUUAUUUAAAUUUUGUAACGGAAGAACUGAAAGAUCCCUACCGCAAUCUUCCUCGAGCGAUAUGCAUCAGUAUGCCAACGGUGACCAUCAUUUAUGUAGUCACGAAUAUAGCGUACUUUGCUGUUCUGGCUCCCGAUGUUAUGUUGUCUUCGCAGGCUGUCGCGGUCACAUUUGCGGAUAAAAUGCUCGGUUUCAUGGCUUGGGUGAUGCCGCUGUUUGUCGCUUGCUCUACCUUUGGCUCACUGAACGGAGCGAUCUUCGCAUCGUCUCGUUUGUUCUUCGUAGGAGCUCGCAACGGUCACCUGCCGGCAGCAAUAUCGCUGAUCAACGUGAGCUGUUUGACUCCCAUUCCCUCGUUAAUAUUUCUGUGCCUUCUAACGCUAGUGCUGCUAUUCAUCCGGGAUGUUUUCUCCAUUAUCAACUACGUCAGCUACGUGGAAAUUCUUUUCAUUUUCUUGUCCGUCGCUGGCUUACUUCGCCUACGCCAGAAGCAACCGAAAGCCAAACGACCGAUAAAGGUGUCUCUGAUUAUUCCGAUAAUCUUCCUGUUGACGGCUGGUUUUCUGGUGGUGUUUUCCGUGUUUGAGUCACCCGCUGAGGUGGCCAUCGGCACAUUCAUCAUCGUUCUUGGCAUUCCAGUAUACUACAUAACGAUUCACAAGCCCUGGAAAUGGCUGACGGAGAAAUCGCAGGCGAUCAACAUGUUCUGCUCGAAGCUGUUUGUGUGCAUGCCUAACAGUGAUAAAUUAGAAUGAUAGUUUGAACGACGGCCGACAAGCAAUGAUUGUAAAUAGAUAUCCAGUCACAUUACAUGUUAAGGCCUAAGCAACCCACAAUCAGCUUACCACAAUCAAUUUUGAGAGGCCUUAAAGAUUAGCUUUGUUUCAUUCAUUACAUAUCGUCUGUAAGGAAUGUAGGGAUGGCUUCGUUACGGACUUACUUUUGUUGGGAUGUAAAUUGUUGGUAGGUUUGGCGCAAAUGUUCGUUCGGCCAAUUCAAGUAACCUGUCGUAAGCUCAAACAUAAUUAUACACAAAGUAUGGAUUUCUCUCCGAAUUUCAUGAAGGCUGUUCAGUAUACGCAAUGUCGUAUGGUAAUAAAAUAGGAAAGUCACAACUGCGCCAUGUUUAUAAUCAGAAAUAAAUAUGACGUAAGACUGUUUCCUACGAGACACUCUCAUCGAUGGUUUACAUCAAUUGAUUGUAUUAGUACUAGUAGACAGAUUUUCUACAUAAAAAUUUUAAGGUUCUUUAAUAUAUUUUGCGAAAGCGUGUACACAUGUAAGCGGGGUUU